GCAGUCCCAAACUUUUCCUAAUGAGUCGCUGCCUGCGCGCCGCGCGUUGUGCCGGACCCGUUGCGCGAAGGGCGUUCGGUCGCGUUGGGGUUCGAUCCGGUCGCGCAUGCAUCCAUGUGAGAUGUCGGUCAGUCGUACAGAUGCGAAGGUGUUCUCCGGAUCUCCCUCCCUCUCCAUCUCCCUGUGUUUUAUGUCUGCGUCACAACAAGUCGGAGGAGAGCGAGGCAGAGAUGAUGAUGGCGUCCUGCUCGGGUUGAUGAUGCUGAUGCUGCUUUCCUGACAAACGUGCAUCCACUUCGAUAAAGAGAAACGGGAACAUGAAGCUGAAGACGGACGGACGGACAGACGGUUGCGCACCGACUGCUUGAGUGACGCGCGUUUGAUCCACCGCGACUCUCCAAACGCGCCGAUUAUUCGGGACAGUGAUUAAGACGCAAAAAACACCGGGCAUCAGACGUUUCAUGUGCGGCUGAUAUCUCUAACCCGUCUCUGUGACCCAAACAGAGCCGAACACUUUAACGCAGGAUGGGGGGAGUUAGUGAAGGAGAGGAUGUGUUAGCCAGAUGGAGUGAUGGACUUUUGUACCUUGGUAAUGUCAAGCGAGUAGACAGCGUGAAGCAGAGCUGUUUGGUCAGAUUCGAAGAUAACUCUGAAUUCUGGGUCCUCAGAAAAGACAUCCACUCUUUCUCUUCAAAGGGAGAGGAGGUGUGCUGUAUCUGUGAUGCUCCGCCCCUUAAAGAACCUCUCAUAAACUGCCUCAAAUGUCACCACGGUUAUCAUCCAGAGUGCCACACACCCAUCAUCGACCCUGAAAUUGACCCCAACAGUUGGAUAUGUCGCCAGUGUGUCUUCGCCGUAGCAACUAAGAGAGGGGGUGCAUUAAAACGGGGACGCUUUGCACGACUCAUGCAGAUCAUGAAAUUGAGGCUGCCCUAUCAGCUGUCAUCUUUAGACUGGGACCCGCAACAUGUGACCAAUCAGCAGCAGUGUUACUGUUAUUGCGCCGGACCGGGAGAGUGGAAUCUGAAGAUGUUGCAAUGUGAAAGCUGUGGGCAGUGGUUUCAUGAAGCGUGCACUCAGUGCCUGAGCAAACCUCUUCUCUAUGGAGACCGCUUUUAUCAGUUUCAGUGCUCGGUGUGCACAAACGGUCCGGAGACCAUUCAGAGGCUUCCUAUGACCUGGGCAGAUUUGGCUCAUUUGGUGCUGUAUCAUCUCUCCCUGUGCUGCAAGAGAAAGUAUUUUGAUUUCGAUCACGAAAUCAUGUCCUUUACAAAUGAAAACUGGGAUUCUUUGCUUCUCGGCACGCUAUCAGACACACCGAGGCAGGACCGCUGCCAAAACCUGCUCAACGCUUUAAAUUCCCACAAAGACAGGUUUGUCUCGGGGAAGGAAAUAAAGAAAAAAAAGUGUCUCUUCGGUCUUCAAGUGCGGGCUCCUCCUCCUCUGUCAUCUGACAAAUCUCCUUACAUCGCCGAACAGCCUAUCAGCAUCACCCACAGGAAAAGCCCGACGUCAUUGCCCUGCCAGCGGAGAUCAGUGGGUCCAGAGACUCGUAAAUCCAAACGUCGGGUCAUAGAGACACAGGCUUGUCCUCCAGCAGUUACAGCAAACUCAAUUGACCUGGUGCCAUGUUGCCAUGGUUAUGUAGAUGGGACAAGCCUUUACAACCCCAGAAAACCAGAAGAAGAGAUGAACUUAGGUUCACCUCCCAAGAGAAUGUUUGCCCUCUACCACCCUUCAUAUAAUGGAUCUCAGGACCUGUCUCGAACCCUGCAUCAUUACAGUGCAGAGGACCCUUGUCGAUUUCCAGCCCCCUGCCUUCCAUACUCCCUCUCCACGGCUCACCCUCCAGGGCAGCGGUUCGAAAGCUGCCCUUCUCUUUACCUCCGUGACAUGCCACCCUACCCCACCACAGUGGGCAUGGGGGGACCCACAGCGAUGGGAUGGGGGGGAAGCGAUGCCGUCCGGAUCCUGGCCAGACGCGUAACGGCGGACGGAAAAAUCCAAUAUCUGGUGGAGUGGGAAAAUGUAAGCGUGUACUGAGAAACAGAGAGAGUUAAAAAACAAGAUGUACAUAGAGGAAAGGGCUAGAGUUAUCAUUAGGGUUUGCAUGGUUACGGGCAGAGGUGUUAAAGCAUCGCUGAGCAGGUGGGUGUACUGAGAGCAACAGCAAAGGGAUGACGACAAAUCCAGGUUGAGCUACACUAGGAGAUUAUACUGUUAAAUCACUUGUUUCUUAAAUCUCGUGUUUCCUAUAUUUUGAAUACUGUUAGAAAACGCCUUUAGAAUGCCUUGAAUUUUAUUAUCAUGGUUUGUAAAUGCGUAAGCUGUUCAUUGGCAUCAUUUUGUCCAUGCACUCAUAACAGUCUACACACUGUCUGAAAAAAAUGGUCUCUAGCUUUCACUGGGGCGGUACACUUUCAAAAAGUACACCUUUGUGUAAAGAGUAUUGGUGGUACAUAUUGGUACCAAAUGUAUGCAUAUCUGUACAUAAAUGAUACAAGACCUUUGUGAAGUCAUGGUGACAUUUUUUCUGAUAGUGUGCAAACUUGAAGUCCUCUAAAAAUAUUCAUAAAGUCACAGACCUCAGCUUGUCCAAUCAGAAUUUAGAAUCUGUUUUAUAAGGAUCAAAUUUACUUCCUGUACAUUCGAAAGGCACAGAUCAUAAUCAGGCCACAAAACAUGCACCUUUAAAAUUGUGGAUUAUGUCUAUCAAUAAAACUGAACUGCCUUCCAAAGGUGCUUAAAUAUUUGAUGUAUUAAAACUUUAUGAUGUGCUUUAGCUCAGAGCAUUACACUGUAUGUUCCAAGUAAUUUUUAUGUCUACUACGGUUAUUGUGUUUAUGCUAAUGAAUUGAUCAGGUUCAGAACAUUUCCAAUACAAACUUUACAUGCAGAUCAUUCUACCUGGAAAACAAGCAGAAGGAAAGUUGGUCCUCAUUUCAUCAGUGAAUGAUAAUGAAUGUACCGUGUGUGUUUUUUAUUCAUGGUAUGUGCUUGUUAGGUCAUAGAUUUUACGUCAGGGUGACACAAGAAUUAGCAAACUGUAGUCUUUUUAUAGUCAAGUCAACAUUUAAUUUGAUGUAUUCUUUGACGUUUCCGUCAGAUUACGUUUUUACUGUAUGUACUCUAGGUUGAAACUUAAAAUGUAAACAAAUAAUAAAAAAAUAAACUAUUAUGUUGUAAUAA